AUGUCAAGUAGAGUGCACACAGGAGAGAAGCCUUACUCCUGCUCUGAAUGUGGGGCAAGUUUCUCUCAACUGGGCAACUUAAAUAGACAUGAACAUAUACAUACAGGAGAGAAGCCUUACUCCUGCUCUGACUGUGUAAAGUGCUUCAAAACAUCAACUGAGCUAAAACAUCAUCAAAGAACACACACAGGAGAGAAGCCUUACUCCUGCUCUGACUGUGGGAAGAGUUUCUCUCGACAGGAAAGCUUAAAAUCACACCAAAGGAUACACACAGGAGAAAAGCCUUACUCCUGCUCUGAAUGUGGGGCAAGUUUCUCUCAACUGGGCAACUUAAAUAAACAUGAACGUAUACACACAGGACAGAAGCCUUACUUCUGCUCUGACUGUGUAAAGUGCUUCAAAACAUCAACUGAGCUAAAACAUCAUCAAAGAACACACACAGGAGAGAAGCCUUACUCCUGCUCUGACUGUGGGAAGAGUUUCUCUCGACUGGGCCACUUAAAACAACAUGAAGCUAUACAUACAGGAGAGAAGCCUCACUCCUGCUCUGACUGUGGGGCAAGUUUCUCUCAACUGGGCCACUUAAAAAUUCAUGAACGUAUACACACAGGAGAGAAGCCUUACUCCUGCUCUGACUGUGUAAAAUGCUUCAUAACAUCAACUGAGCUAAAACGUCAUCAGAGAACACAUACAGGAGAGAAGCCUUACACCUGCUCUGACUGUGGGAAGAGUUUCUCUCGACUGGGCCACUUAAAAGAACAUGGAGCUAUACAUAGAGGAGAGAAGCCUUACUCCUGCUCUGACUGUGGGAAGAGUUUUUUUCGACUGGGCCACUUAAAACAACAUGAAGCUAUACACACAGGAGAGAAGCCUUACUCCUGCUCUGACUGUGUAAAAUGCUUCAUAUCAUCAACUGAGCUAAAACGUCAUCAUAGAACACAUACAGGAGAGAAGCCUUACACCUGCUCUGACUGUGGGAAGAGUUUCUCUCAACUGGGCAGCUUAAAAAAACAUGAAGCUAUACAUAGAGGAGAGAAGCCUUACUCCUGCUCUGACUGUGGGAAGUGUUUCUCUCGACUGGGCCACUUAAAAGAACAUGAAGCUAUACAUACAGGAGAGAAG